AUGCUUCAAAAGAUCAACUGCUCUAAAGGUUCAUCAGAGAACACACACAGGAGAGAAGCCUUACUCCUGCUCUGACUGUGAAAAAUGCUUCAAAAGAUCAACUGCUCUAAAGGUUCAUCAGAGAACACACACAGGGAAAAGCCUUACUCCUGCUCUGACUGUGGAAGGAGCUUCUCUAAACUGUACAACUUAAAAACACAUGAACGUGUACAUACAGGAGAGAAGCCUUACUCCUGCUUUUACUGUGAAAAAAUCUUCAGAACAUCAUCUGAUCAAAAAGUUCAUCAGAGAACACACACAGGAGAGAAGCCUUACUGCUGCUCUGACUGUGGAAAGCGAUACUCUCAACUGGGCCACUUAAAAACACAUGAACAUAUACAUACAGGAAAGAAGCCUUACUCCUGCUCUGACUGUGAAAAAUGCGUAAAAACAUCAGCUGAGCAAAAAGUUCACCAGAGAACACACACGGGAGAGAAGCCUUACUCCUGCUCUGACUGUGAAAAAUGCUUCAAAACAUCAACUGAUCGAAAAGUUCAUCAGAGAACACACACAGGAGAGAAGCCUUACUCCUGCUUUUACUGUGAAAAAUGCUUCAAAACAUCAACUGAUCGAAAAAUUCAUCAGAGAACACACACAGGAGAGAAGCCUUACUCCUGCUCUGACUGUAAAAAAUGCUUCAAAAGAUCAACUGCUCUAAAAGUUCAUCAGAGAAAUCACACAGGAGAUAAGCCUUACACCUGUUCUGACUGUGGAAAGAGUUUCUCUCAACUGGGCGACUUUAAAACACAUGAACGUAUACACACAGGAGAGAAGCCUUUCUCCUGCUCUGACUGUGAAAAAUGCUUCAAAACAUCAACUGAGCAAAAGGUUCAUCAGAGAACACACACAGGAGAGAAGCCUUACUCCUGCUCUGGCUGUGGAAAGAGAUUCUCUCAACUGGGCCACUUAAGAAGACAUGAACUUAUACAUACAGGAGUGAAGCCUUACUCCUGCUCUGACUGUGGAAAGAGUUUCUCUCAACUGGGCGACUUAAAAACACAUGAACGUGUACAUACAGGAGAGAAGCCUUACUCCUGCUUUUACUGUGAAAAAAUCUUCAGAACAUCAACUGAGCAAAACGUUCAUCAGAGAACACACACAGGAGAGAAGCCGUACUCCUGCUCUGACUGUGGAAAGAGUUUCUCUAAACUGGGGGACUUAAAAACACAUGAACGUAUACACACAGGAGAGAAGCCUUACUCCUGCUCUGACUGUGGAAAGAGUUUCUAUAAACUGUACAACUUAAAAAGACAUGAACGUAUGCAUAUAGGAGUGAAGCCUUAAUCCUGCUCUGAUUGUGUAAAAUGUUUCACAACAUCAACUGACCUAAAAGUUUGUCGGAACACACACUGGAGAGAAGCCUUACUCCUGCUCUUAAUGUGGCAAGAGUUUCUCCCGAUUGGGAAAUGUAAAGACACACCAACGGAUACAUAGUUGACCGAAGCCUUAUCAAAGCACUGACUGUGAGAAGAUAUUCUACAGAUCGGGCCAUUUAAAAAGACACCAAUGUAUACAUAAAGGAGAGAAGUCUCAUCAGUUCUCUCAGACCAGCUAAGAUUAGACACUCCACUUAAUUCUCAUGUCAUUAAAUAAUUGGCAACAUUGAAUUGGAUCAAAUGAAGCGUAGAACACUGUAUUGUAAAAAUAAUAAAUAAAAAAACAUUUAAGGACACCUGCUUUUUCCAUAGCAG